AUGCUCGUAUCCAUCAAAGCAUUGAACAUCACGUGGCCCCUUCGUCCUGGUCAUAUGCCUCGGACGAAAUGGCCACAUGUGGAUCAGUCGCCGCUCCGUAAAGGUCUGCAAUGUGUCCAACGCAUUGUAGACCUAUCCCAAGCUGGACCCAACGACGGUGGGCUCACCGUCGAUCCUGGGUCUCAUAAGGCUCCCGAACCCUUCUCCGUAGAGCAUACCUAUAAGUCGAUUUGGAGCAGAAAGGACUUUUAUACUGAUAUCCCGGAGGAAAUAUCCUGGUUCGAAAAACAAAGAUUCCACGGGCACAAAGUUGUUGCAGAGCUAGGUGAUCUGAUCAUAUGGGACUCCCGUUUGAUUCACUACGGCGCAGAACCAACCAAGAAGAGCAACACGAUACGCAUGGUAGUCUAUAUAUCAUACGCGCCUGCGGCAUUGGCAAGUCAGGCGGCCUUUCUCGCCAAAAAUUGGCCGCACGAUGAUAUCAAGCCUAAGAUCAAAUUUUCCUUUGCGCCCUGA